AUGGCUCCUUACGAGACGGACGCGAAUGCUGUGCUGUUCGAGCAUGACGUGGAGACGGAGGAUGCGGCCUUGGCGAAGAUGCCGGUCCAGCAAGCCGGAGACGCCAAGUGGGACAACCGAUACGUGAAGCAUAUUCUCUUCUACGGCCUGCUGCUGUACACAGGCGGGCUGUAUGGAGGCUACCUGGCCCUGGUGUCGGCGAAAUGGCAAACAAAUAUUUUCACCAUCUUUUUGUAUGUGACGUCAAUUCUGGGCGUAACAGCGGGAGCCCACAGGCUCUGGAGCCACAGGGCCUACAAGGCUAAAUGGCCUCUUCAACUCAUCCUUAUGAUCUUGCAAACUAGUGCUCUCCAGUACUCGGUGAUAAACUGGGUGCACGACCACCGCAUGCACCACAAGUACGUGGACACGGACGCCGACCCGCACAACGCCACACGAGGGUUGUUCUUCUCCCACGUCGGGUGGCUGAUGAUGGACAAACACCCGGAGUUCGAACGUAAGAGCAAGGGGAUGGACCUAAGCGACGUUGAAUCUAACCCAAUACUGCACUUCCAGCGAAAAUACUACGCAAUCCUAGUCACGAUUAUUUGCGUCGUCCUCCCCACUGUUACCCCGGUCUACUUCUGGAACGAGACCUGGACAAACGCCUUCUUUGUCCCCGUGUUGUUCCACCACGUCUGCGCAUACAACGCAACGGCUUUAGUCAACUCCGCUCUCCACAAAUGGGGGUACAAGCCCUACGACAAGAACAUGGUGGCUACAGAAAUUAGUUUUCUCACUCCGUUAAUUCUUGGAGAAAACUACCAUAACUACCAUCACGCCUUUCCUUGGGAUUAUAAGACGUCGGAACUUGGAGGAGGCUCGUUUAUGUUGACUACAGCGUUCAUAAAUUUCUUUGCGAGGAUCGGUUGGGCUUAUGACCUGAAGACUAUCUCCGAUGACGUCAUUCAGAAGCGUGUUAUGCGUACUGGAGAUGGCUCGCACCAAAUUUGGGGGUGGGGCGACAAGGACCAGACUAAAGAAGAGGUGGCAGCAGCUGUAAGAAUAUACCCUAAAGAUGAUUAA